UUAUUUUAUUACGUUUUCUGAGCGCGGAACUUCCGCGUACGUCAUUGUCAGCGUGCGAACCAGAGAUGGACACAAACAGAACAGCGAAGAUUGAGUUUGCGGUGCAGAUGUCAUGUGACAGCUGUGUUAAUGCUGUAAAGGGCGUCUUGGAGAAAGAACCAGGAGUGAAAUCGGUGCACAUAAACCUGGCUAAGGAGGAGGUUCUGGUUGAAACGGCGCUCACCUCUCUACAGGUCCAGAGUCUCAUUGAAAGCACAGGCAGACGGGCGGUGCUGAAAGGAAUGGGCAGCUCAGAAUCAGACCUGGGAGCUGCUGUGGCGAUGGUCAGUGGGGCGGGGCUAGUGCAGGGCGUGGUCCGAUUCCUGCAGCUGUCACAGGAACGCUGUUUGAUUGACGGGACGAUUGACGGGCUGGCGCCUGGAGCACACGGCCUGCAUGUGCACGAACUGGGCGAUCUCACACAGGAUUGCAUGAGCUGUGGAGAUCACUUCAAUCCGUUCAGGAAGCAGCAUGGAGCUCCUCAGGACUCUGAGAGGCAUGUGGGUGAUCUGGGAAAUAUUACGGCUGGCCCUGAUGGCAGAGCUUCAUUCCGGCUAGAAGACUCUCAGAUAAAGGUGUGGGAUGUGAUUGGUCGGUCUCUGGUGGUGGAUUCUGGGGAGGAUGAUUUGGGCCGUGGGAGUCACCGGCUGUCCAAAAUAACAGGAAACUCAGGAGAGAGGCUGGCAUGUGGAAUCAUUGCACGAUCGGCCGGUUUGUUUCAGAACCCCAAACAGAUUUGUGCCUGCGAUGGUGUGACUCUGUGGGAGGAGAGAGAUCGGCCCAUCGCUGGGAGAGGACGGAAAGUCACUGACGCACCGGCAGCAAAUCUGUAAUGGGGUGAGGAUGCGACCUUCACACACGUCAAGGAAUGCAGAUGGAUGUGAAGCACAGAUACGGAAGGAAGGAGAUAAGAGACCAAAAACGUGCCUGUCUGAAGCCGUUAUGAAUGUAGAGAUUCAGGUUUAGAUGAGAUUCUGAGCCAAAUUCUGAUGUAUCCACAUGCUACAAAUACAGAAAUCAAAGCAUGUGUAACUAUGUAAUAUGUAGAUGGUGUGGAUAUAUAGCUAAAUUCUCUCAAAUUUUGACAGUGAUAAUUCAUUCCGUUAUAUGUCAGUUUGUCAGAUUUUACACACUUCUGCUGUAACUUCAAAGUUUAAAUUUAGAAAAAAAGCUAAAAAAGAAAAGUAUUACUAUAUGAUGACUGAAUUAAAAAAUUUAAAUGUUUUUCGAUGGGGCAAUUUGCAAACGUUUUCAAAAAAAUCAUAUCAAAAAAAGCACUUCUGUAAUGACACUUUAUCCUUACAUUAAUCUGAAUUUCCCAUUAGCUAAGUGACCUAAAGUAAUUUUUGUAUUGUUUGAAAUGAUUUUUGAUUAUUGUUGUACAUAUAAUUGAAUAAAUAAAUAAAUAAAACCAAAA